AUGUCUGUAACGAACUCCGUAUUAAUCACAAGUUCUUCAGUGCCACUGCUUGCAUGGCCAUCACGAGGGGUUGGAACUGUAGUUAUUGAAGAUUGUAUGACACCAAUUCUGAGUUUAAUUCAGCGAUUGUUUUCCCUACUGAUGGUGGAAAACCACUAA